AUGGCCCGCCGUUUCCUACGCGGUCAAAGUGUCACCUUUGGCUUGAGUUUAUUCCUCUUCCUCUUCAUGUUUAUGCCGACUUUACUUGUUCUACUUGCUGUUGUGGCCUUUUUCUUGCUGGCUUAUCCCCGGCUGCGGACAUCUUAUGUCGACGAUGGCGAGCAGGGUGUUGAGCCUGAGUUGAAAACCAUUGAUUGA